AAUUUUGGAUUUAGCUUUGGCUUACGAGGGCUCUAAAUUCACCGUGUGCACUGACUGGUGGGCCACACUUGGCAGAGGCAGCCGGCUUUCCCUUUCCCCUUCCCUCUCGUCGUCUUCUUCGUCUCCCUACCUCCUCUUACCUCAACCUCCAAUAAUCCCCAUCUUCAAACCCCCCUCAAAAUCCAUAUUUGGUGUUGCUCCACUGAUUGAUUCCACUCAAGAUUGUCGUCAAUCGGUCUCUGCAUAUGGCAGUUGGUUCCUCCUGCCCACCACCACCAGCCCUAGUUUAGGCCUCCCCCAUCAAAUCUACUGCCAUCCCCGACUAGUAUACCUCAACUCUUCAAUUUCUCUUGAUUCAAAUUCAAAUGAGGGGGAUGCUUCCUCUGCUCUGCUGCAGUAGCGCUUAAUUGACAAGGCGGGGGUCCCGUUGUUUCGCGCUGCGAUCUCUCAUCACUUCUUCUCCGCAAUCUCUAGCUGGUCUACUUUGUCCAAUAGCGAACUGCUGACCAAAUUCAGUGUGCCCUGUUCAGUUCAUCAGGAUAUCCAUGUCUGACCAUCGAACACACGCGAGCGACUGUCAUCCAGUUGCCAGCCAACCAGAUGUUCAGUGCCUAGUUUGCACAAGGCCGUUUACUUUGGAUGCUCAGGUGACCGAUACCUUUGAAGCUUUAGCCAUAUGCAGGGACUGCAAGAUGACAGUACUCAAUGAUGAUGAAAGAGAUGAAAUAACCAGCACUUAUCGGCAGAACACACGGAGGAGGCAGAUAUCCAGGACUGCAAGCAUUGAUUUCCUGGAGGACGCAUUCUUGCAGGAGUUUUCUCAGCUGAUCGACUUAGCAAGAAGACAAGGUCGUGAAACGGAUAUUGAUUCUUCGUCGGUCGCGCCGCAACAUGCAUCGUUUAAUUCAACACCAAGCCAAUCUCAAAGAUGGCAUGCUUCAGAUGAUGAGAGCGAUGGCCUUAAUUAUGUUGAUUCUGUGUUUGGUGAAAUUGAAUCUGCCAUCAGUCUUGGUGACUAUGGUGGAGAUUCAGAUACCUCCAUAGAGGAACAUAGCGUGAUGACAAGGAGGAGGAUUUCCAUUCAACUUGACAAUGACAGCUACAUGAACACAGAUACUGAUAUUGAUCCCAUGAAUGCUAGACUGGAUCAGUGGGAUUCAGAUGACCAGGAAGAUGUGGAAGAGUCUGGUUUUGAUGAAAUAGUCAACACCAUGACCCAGCACCAGCAGCAAUCACAUGAUAUUCAGCUAAGUGGAUUGAGUGAGGACGAAUCUGAAGAUGGUGUAUGGAAUUGGAGUGUGAGUGUACGUCAAAGAGCAAAUGUGACCAACUUGCUAGAUGACAUGGAAGAGCCAGAAAUGAGGACAACUUUUGUCGGGAAUCCAGAUGACUAUGUUGAUGCAAGGCAGUUUGAGAUGCUCCUUGAGCAAUUUGCUGAGGACAACGAUUCCAGAAGAGGAGCUCCACCAGCAGCGACAUCCUUUAUUGAAAAUCUCCCCUCCGUGAUUAUCUCUGCAAGCCAUCAGACAAAUGGUGAUGUUAUUUGUCCAGUCUGCAAAGACCCAAUUCCUACCAGAGCUAGAGCAAAACAGCUACCAUGCAUGCAUCUUUAUCAUUCAUCGUGCAUCUUGCCAUGGCUUAGUUCUAGAAAUACAUGUCCUGUCUGCCGAUAUGAGCUUCCUACAGAUGAUGCAGAGUAUGAAAGGUCCAAGCAAGCCACAACCAAUGUAAGAGACAUUCAGGUUGUGGAAGAAAUUUCUGAUGAACAAGAGGUCCAGGUAACUCGUCAGAUGGCUGCUGGUGUGAUCGAAGAGACUAAUACAAGUGAACACAAUGUUCGUGUUGAUGAGCAACCAAACAGUGCACGCAGGCGCAGUGGAUGGCUUUUUAUUGCUGCUGCUCCAGUUGUAAGCCUCAUCGGUUUCGCUCUAGUUUUAUGCUUUACAAAUCCCGCUAGGAGUGGUAGAAGGCAACUGUACUGUAGAUCCCCAAGUGCCACUGAAGUACAUGUGGACACCAAAAAGAGUUGGUGGUCUAUGUUCUAGAAUGUUCCGUUGGUACAUCUGAUAACAAAAUGACUAUAUGGUGGUGUGUGAUUGUUUCUUUAGAAUAGUUUUAUUUUAAAAUUUUCAAACGUUGUAGUUGCUGCAGUUACCGGUCGGAGUGUUGUAAAAGAAUUCACAUGCCACCGGUUGUAAAAGAAUUCACAUGCCUACUUUCUUCUGCUACUUUGCUCAGUCAAGCAAAGUGUGUAUUGAUACUUGCUAUUUGUUUAACAUAUAUGUGUCAUUGGAUGUCC